AUGGUUACAGAUGUUCACUUGGCUAUUCUUUCCAACGCCUUAGGAGUGGUGCUUUUUAUGUUAGUUGUACUGUUCCAUUACAUAAAUGCCAAUUAUUCUAGACAAUAGCAGGGACCCUCUAUGUGUAUAUUAAAAUCAAUCCUAACUUAUAAUCACACAUUGUGAUCAUGUAUGUGUUACGAUAAAUAAACUUUUAUAUGUA